UGGCGGAACAGUUCAAGAGUUAUAAAAAGCCACUAUCCGAAGUCCAAAAGAUGCAGCCUUCUGCUGUUCGUACGAAGGGUUCCAAUCACUUCAUUUUUUUGAAAGGAUCUUCGUUAGAUUUCAAAAAAGCUUCUCGCUCGAAAGGGAGCAUAACCUCUGACAUUGCGAAUCUCAACAAAAAGUUGAGAUCUAAAACAUUUUCAAACAUGAUGAAAAAACUGUCGCGUCCCAUUUUCAAAACGAGAUCCAACAUGCCUGAGAUGCUGGAGCCGAGUAUGUCACGGAAGGCGUCCCACCACUGGCCAGGAGCAGAGUCUAGACUGCUGUCUCCAGUGGGGAAAACUGCCCAGGGUUAUCCAAUUUACAACAUUGAAGAGAAGGAUGCUUGUAGGACAUCAAAGCUAACUCCCUUUGGACAGAUAUGUGCUGAUAGGUUUUCGCGCCGAGCAACGGAAAUGUCUUUUGUAUUGUUUCCCAGCACGCCCCCUCAGCGGGCUUCCACGCUUAAAAUUUCGGACGCCGGUCAUUCUGCUUCUGUGGACCGCCAGAUGUCAACGUCUGUGGACAUGCGCGUGACAUGGGGUGCAGACUUACAAUUCUCCUGCGGCACGGACAAAAUGAUUUCCUCUUAUAUCGACAAGAGAUUCUCGGCCUUGAAUGAAAGAAGAAUCACCAAUUUCUACGGCAGGAAAAAGCUGCUGACUAAUCAGGAGAAAGGGUCUCUCAUGACCUUUGACUCCUAUAGGCCAGGGGAGUCUCUGUCCAAUGCUUCUUUUGGGGAACACGUGAUAACCUUCCCAGUCUUUAGAUCUGCAGUUUAUACUGGGAAGCCAGUGAAGCUGAAAAACUAUUUAGAUGACACAACUUACGUAGACACUCUUCACAGUGACGCAUUUAGUGAAUUGAAAUGUGACAGUCAUCUGUGUAUGAGUGCUGUCAAGUCUGAAGUUGUUACCCCGGAUGCUGAACGAAGAAUAGAAGACACCAUAACUCAUGCUAUGAAUUUCCUGGAUCAGUUCUACACCUCCAUUAAAAAACUGAAUUCUCCCGAACACAAGGCAAGGGCCCAGGAAGUGCAAUUGUCUAUCAAAAAGUCUGGCACUUAUGAUCUGACAAGGUACGAACUGAUAUUUGGAGCCAAGAUGGCAUGGAGGAAUGCCCACCGCUGUAUUGGACGGAUUAAUUGGGCAAAGCUACAGGUUUUCGAUGCCAGAGGAUGUACAACCCCAAAGGAGAUGUUUGAAGUGCUGUGCCAACACAUUCGCUAUUCUACAAAUAAUGGGAACAUAAGAUGUGCGAUGACAGUAUUCUACCAGCACAUUGACAAACGCGAAGACUACAGGAUCUGGAACUCGUAUCUCAUCAGCUAUGCAGCAUACAUCCUGGAAGAUGGCACCCUGAUGGGUGAUCCCAAGAACUUAGAGUUUACAGAGGAAUGUGUAAAGUUGGGAUGGCAACCAACAUUUGGAAACUUUGAUCUUCUGCCCAUAGUUGUGUCUGUCCCAGGUCAUGAUCCUGCAUGGUUCCCUCUUCCAGAGGAUCUAGUCUUACAAGUCAUGAUAACACAUCCAGAGUUCAGAUGGUUCUCAGAUCUUGAGUUGCAGUGGUUUGCUCUGCCAGUCUUGGGGGGUCUCAAACUGGAUUGUGGUGGACUCAACUUUACAGCGUGUGCUUUCAGUGGCUGGCAUCUGGGGACACAAGUGGCCUCUCGAUGCUUCUGCGACCACAACAGAUACAACAUUAUCCCUCUUGUGGCGUCCAAAAUGAGUUUCUCUAAGAUGCCCUUAUUGGCCCUGGACAGAGUUGUAUUAGAAGUGAAUGUUGCUGUUCUCUACAGUUUUCUGAAAGCCAAUGUGACCAUCGUAGACCAUCAUGGGGCCAGCAAUGCAUUUCUGUACCAUCUGGACAAUGAGUACAAGGUUAGGGGAGGAUGUCCUGCUCACUGGCCCUCCAUUGUGCCUCCGUUGACCUCUUCUCUCCUCGGAGUGUUCCACCAGGAGAUGUUAAUGUAUUGGUUGAAACCUUCCUUUGAGUACCAGGAAGCAGCUUGGGUUGGCUAUCAGUGGAAAAGUCCUGGCUUCAGUGACGGUAGCGUUAGCUCUGCUAGUCUAAAGAAAAAACAAGACAACUCCAAGUGUAUGGUGCUAUCUCUCAGACUUCUACCGGAAACUUUCAGCUCCAAAAUUAACUGCGUCAUUUUGUUUGCUACUGAGACUGGCAGAUCAGAGAUUUUCUCCAACAUUCUGCGGAAAAUUUUUCAAUGUGCUUUUCAGGUUGAGGUGCUACCUAUGUCCCGGUAUUAUCUGGAGAUCCUGGCUCAUGAGUCUCUAGUUUUAAUCGUAACCGACACUUAUGGGAAUGGUGAGCCACCUUACAAUGGUCAGGAGUUUGCUAAAAGUCUGUUUGAAAAAAGAGGAUAUGAAAUUAUUGGAAACUCGUUCUUAACCCCCAUCAAGUCUUACAGAACCUAUGUUCAGCUGUCUAGUAUCAAGGAUAGAAAUAACUUAGAAGUUAAAAACUUAUUUGAAACUGGGGACUUCUUACAAAAUGUCAGGUAUUCCAUAUUUUCCUUGGUAUCGGAGCAUUACCGCCACAUUGGUGCAUUCGGCAAAUACCUGAACAACAUCUUCCAAGAACUCGGGGCUUCCAUAAUUUAUCCCAUUGAACUGGGUAAUGUGCAUUUCGGUCUGGAGAGUAGCUUUUACAAAUGGGCAGACGGGGUCUACAAGACCUCCUGUGAACAUUUCAACAUUGUGAAUGACAGGGUUCAAGAAGUUGGGAAAAUUAUCAGCAUAGAGGAGCACAGAUGGAAUCCUUUGAUUUGCCGACUGAGGCCUGUGCCAACAGAAACAGACAGGGACCUCUGUAAAAAAUUAGGUCAUAUUCACAGCAAGAGAGUCAAGCCGGGCAUACUGACAGAGAGAACAUUGCUGCAAGCCAGAUGCUCCACUCGACAGACGUUGCUGCUGAAGAUAAAUACCCAAAAUGCUGAAGAGCUCGGCUACGCCCCUGGUGACCUUGUCGGCAUCUUUCCCACCAAUUCAGUAGCGUUGGUGGAGGGUGUCUUGAGGAAGCUGGAGAACACACCACAACCUGAUCAGGUCAUUCAAGUGGAGUUUCUAGACACUGAAUGUCAAGGGGAGAUAAAAAAGUGGAUCCCUUAUAAAAAGUUACCUCCCUGCAGUCUGCACUUUGCUUUGAGCUAUUUCAUUGACUUGGUUACUCCCCCUAGCCAGUCUCUGCUACAGCAGUUGAGCAAGCUGGCUAACAUAGGUAAUGACAAGGAAAAACUGGAGUUACUAGCCAAGAACUUGGAUGCUUAUGAAGAUUGGAAGUCCAGCCAUGUUCCAAAUUUUCUUGAGGUCUUGAAUCUGUUCCCAUCUCUGAAGGUCCCAGCAGCCAUGGUGUUGGCUGAGCUGCCCAUCCUUCACGAGCGCUACUACUGUGUCAGUUCAGAUCCUUUAAUGCAAGUUGGGGAAUUACAUCUGACUGUGGCAGUAUUAAAGUACAGAAACUCUGCAGGAAACCUGAGGGAAGGGGUGUGUUCUGGCUGGAUGAGCUCAUGUGACAUUGGAACCAUGAUGCCUUGUGUCAUCAGAAAGAAUCCUAAUUUUUAUCUUCCAACCAACAAGUCACUUCCUAUUUUGAUGAUAGCUUCUGGCAAAGGAAUCGCUCCAUUCAGGUCAUUCUGGCAACAUCGAACUAUUGAGCAGGAGCAUUAUACCAAAUCUGCAGAAGAUGAACGCGAAAUACUCGGAGACAUGUUUUUGUUCUUUGGAUGUAAAUCUUCUGCUCUUGACAACAUCUAUGGCAAAGAACUCAAAAAUAUGGAGAAAGCUGGCAUCUUGUCUUAUUAUUUGGCCUUCUCAAAGGAGCUCAACUUGCCAAAAUUGUAUGUCCAAGAUUUGUUGAGGAGGCGGUCAGCCCAGGUGAUGGACAUUGUUAUCAACAAAGAAGGUCACAUCUAUGUGAGUGGUGAUGUGGCCAAGGUGAAUGAGAUUACCAACGCCUUGGAGGAGCUUUUGGUAGUGGACGGACUGAUGAGUCCUGACGAGGCCGCAAAAUAUAUUUGGCUCUUAAAGGACUCUGGAGCCUUUCAUGAAAUCAUCUACGGCUAUGACGUUAAGACCUCUGAGGUCGAUCAGCCUAUGUCUCCCAUCGAGAGUUCUUCGGGUAUUGCAACACUUGAAAAUUUAAACAAAGCAAAGAAGUGCUGUCCUUGUUCUGUCUUAUAAAACAAGUUGAUCGCAGCACUGGCUGAGGAGGGGAUGUCAUCUUCAAUAACGGCUGACUUGUCAUGAGUGCCUGCAGCCAAGACUUAGUGCGUCACAACCCAAACCCGGACAGAAUUAACUUGUGUGUUUUAUGACUCUACCAUGAGCCGACAUGACUUUUUAUUUCCUGUGUGUACCCACCAAAUGUUAUGUACCCACCAAAUGUUAUGUACCCACCUAAUGUUGUGUACCCACCAAAUGUUGUGUACCCACCAAAUGUUGUGUACCCACCAAAUUUUAUGUACCCACCAAAUGUUGUGUACCCACCAAAUGUUAUGUACCCACCAAAUGUUAUGUACCCACCAAAUGUUAUGUACCCACUAAAUGUUAUGUACCCACCAAAUGUUGUGUACCCACCUAAUGUUGUGUACCCACCAAAUGUUAUGUACCCACCAAAUGUUAUGUACCCACCAAAUGUUGUGUACCCACCAAAUGUUAUGUACCCACCAAAUGUCACCCCAAGAUUCUUAUCAUGACCUUCAAGGUGCUAGAGAUGUGCUCUCUGUUGUGUGUUGAAUACUUUAUAUACACAUCAGUGUCCACAUAUUAAAUAUUUAAAUUGAAUAGGUCACAAGUCUCUUGAGAAAGGGAAUUCCCCUUAUGAAAAAAAAAACGGUUGUUACUUAAUUGGUCUUGCUAUUUUUUUUAAAUAAUAAACUGCUUUCAUUUAAAACUUGUUAAAUGACUUUGUGGCUGUCUCCCUGUAUUCUUCUAUGUGUAAUGGACAGCAUGAGACUACAUUAUAGAGUCUUUUACAUAACAUCUAGAGGCAUUUGGUGAAACAUAAACUGUUUCUUAUUAACUGGAAAACAUACAAGCAGAAUAAAGACUUAUGAUUAUAAAUAGGAAGUCAAAAUCGAGACACAGACUGGUGAUACAAUAGGUGAUAAUGGCAGAGAGAGAGGAAGGGGG